AUGGUCAAGGUUUGGAGUGCCCUUUUGCGAUUACCAUAUAUUCGACGGACGAAAGCACCAAUUUACGAGUUAUUGUUCUGGGCGAUAGUGAUGAUCAUAGUGUGUAACAUUGCCUUCUCAGUCGCGCUGUCUCUGGUCGCUAUGACCAACUAUCCUGGUGGAGUGGCUAUGAUAAAAUUUCACAAGUUACUAAAAAACGAACCGUACGUCCACGUACAUAUCAGCAACCUGGCAGCGCAGACCGGCGUAACGAGGUUCACGCAAAUAAACGACCACUGGACUUACAGCAAGAACGAAUCCUUACAAGUAGACCAGUUGCAAUAUUUUACACACUUACUCAUCGAAGCAAAGAGUAAAUAUUCACCAAAUCUUAAAGCGUUUUCGCAAACACAUAUAAUUUUAGAUAGUAUAGAAUCCUUUUCACAAAUCACUAUGAAUUAUAAAUUGAUACCACCUAUUAAAAUUAAAACUAAACCAGCUAUCUUUAUAUUAGAAAGAAAGAAUUUCAGAGAAGUACCUCGCCCCGCUAAUAUUAUUAGUAUGCAAACAGACGAACUAUAUACAAAUACAGAACAUAGUCAAAUGAGCUUAGAAGAAAAAGAAAUAAAAACUGUUGAUAUAAGCGAAGAAGUUAUUGAUGAAAAACUUGAAACUGAUACAGAUACUUCAGUGGAAGAAAACAUUAAUGGAUCAGAGGAAAAACAAAAAACUGAUGGUUCAAAGGAAGUUAUUGAAGAACCUGUGAUUGUUACACCUGAACAAAUUACCGUAACCGUAGUUAGCGAUAUUGAUAAUGACAGUGCUUCUAGGGAAGAACUGGAAGAUAAUAUAGUAACAACAUUUAAGUCUAAGAAAGUUGUGGACGAUGUAAAAACAUUUAAUAAACAAGAGAGAAAGAAGAGGACUAUAGCAAAAAUAAAGUCUGAAACUCGGAAAGAGGUUGUGGCAUCGGCGAAAGAGAAAUUAAAAGAAAUAAUGAAACGACAUAAGCAUAUUGCUGAUGAGCUUUCCGAAAAUAUCAUAUCAGAGGAUGUAAAGACUGAAGUAGUGCAAGAGAAGGAUGGCAGGGGAGAUAUACCUGACGAAGAAUUAACACAAAACGAUGAAACUUCCAUUAUUGAAGAGGUUAACGAAACCACUAAUACUAAUUCUGCGGAAACUAUUAUUGAGUUACAGCAAGCAGUUAAUAAUCAAAAUAUUAAUACAGAUUCGAUAGUAGAAGAGGUAAUCACUCGUUUGUUAGAACGAAAAAUAUACGAUGAUAAAACAGUGCCAGACGACAUUAAGAUGGAAGAUAGACUGAUGAUCCAAAGAAUUGUUGAAGAAAUUUUAUCAGAAAGAAUGAAUUAUACAAACACAGAGAAUAAAGCGACGGAAAAGAAAUAA